AUGGGAGGCAACCAGACACGGAUCACAGAAGUCACCCUCCUGGGAUUCCAGGUCGAUCCAGCACUGGAGUUUUCUCUUUUUGGACUUUUCUCUCUCUUCUAUAUGAUCACACUGCUGGGGAAUGGGGUCAUUCUGGGGCUUAUCUGCCUGGACCCCAGACUGCACACCCCCAUGUACUUCUUCCUCUCACACCUGGCCAUUGUUGAUAUGUCCUAUGCUUCCAACAAUGUCCCCAAAAUGCUGACAAAUCUUGUGAAUCAGAAAAGAACCAUCUCCUUUGUUCCAUGCAUAACGCAGACAUUCUUGUUUUUGGCUUUUGCUGCUACAGAGUCUCUGAUCUUGGUGGUGAUGUCAUAUGACAGAUAUGUGGCCAUCUGCCACCCCCUACAUUACACUGUCAUCAUGAGCUGGAGAGGGUGUAUUGUUCUGGCUGUCUCUUCCUGGGUGUUUAGCUUUAUCUUGGCCCUGGUCCAUUUACUUCUGAUCUUGAGGUUGCCCUUCUGUGGGCCCCAUGAAAUCAACCACUUCUUCUGUGAAAUCCUGUCUGUGCUCAAGCUGGCCUGU